AUGUUCGAGAAAUAUAUCCUGCUUUGUCAAGAGUUUCUCAAUAUAGCUGAACCUUUCAUUGACAGUGAUAUCUUGAAUCAACUAAAAUGCAAUUACGCACAUGAAAUUGAUUCAAAACGUAAACUAAGUCAGAUAAAAAACCUUAAAACGUUUAUAAGGUUAUUGGAAAAACGAGAUAUUAUGAGCUACAGUAAUAUAAAGCCAUUAUGGUAUAUAUCUAAAAAGUAUAUUCACAAGUCUGACUUAGAGAGUAAAUUGCAAGAUUAUGACAGUUGGCUGAAGACUUUGUCACCAUUACCUUGGUGCAAUGUAUAUCAAAGUGGUGAAAUCUUGAUACCAUCACUAACAUCAGAGUCUAUUUGCUCAGAGUGUGCAUGCAAUUCUAUGCUAUCUCAAUUGUCAAUAGAAAACUCAUCUAAACCGUUCAAUAAUAAUUUACAAACAUUAUGUUGUAAUUCUGACCAAAGGGAACAAUAUAAUUUUUAUAAAAGAAGAAAAUUACAAGAAACAGUGAUACUGCAAAUUAAAGACAGGCUGGGUCGAUCUUGGCGAGACGUAGCUAGACAUUUAGGUAUUACAGAAUGUGAAAUUGAUGCUGUACAAAGUAAAUAUCCUUAUGAUUUAAAGGAGCAAAGCUAUGAGAUUUUAAAAAUUUAUAUAUCGCAAUCCGACAUAAAGCAAUGGGCCAUAACUUUAAUACAUGCGUUAGAAAAGGGAAGACGGAGAGAUCUUAAGGAACUUGUAGAGCAAUUAAUAUUUAAAAAUAAGAAUAUAUGAUAUAUCAAUAUAAGAUAUAUCUUUAUAUGCAUGUUGCAUUAGAGCUAAUAUAUAACACAGAUUCGCGAUAGUAUACAAUAAAUUAAAAAAUACGAAAGCAUAUGCCAGAGAGUAGACUUUUGAUAUUUACAAGUGAGUAUAUAUAAUUGUAAUUUGUGUUGUAUAUACAGAGACACACACACACACACACACCAUUGUAUAUGUAUAUGUAUUAAAAGAGAUUGCAAUGAUUUAUUUGACGAAAAAAAAGA